UAAAAGAAACUACAUUAUGUAAUGGUGACCAAGAUAGAACAAUAAAAGCUCAAGUUAAACAACGCAAAAAAAAUGUACCUCCAGCUCUUGGUGAGACUGAGUUUACACUUCGAGAAGUUAUAUCAGGAGAUCGUAAAUUCAUGUUUCGUCCGACCGAAAAAGGAAAAAUUGGGAAAGAUGCACACCUUCGAGUUAUUAAAGGAUUAGUUACAGAACCUCCUUCAUUCUUAGAUUAUAUUUCUGGUGGUACUCAAAUAAAUUUGGUGGUAGCCAUUGAUUUCACUGGUUCAAAUGGCGAUCCGAGAUCAAAAACUAGUCUUCAUUAUACUGGUGGUUCGAGAGAUAAUGAAUAUCAAAGCGCUAUUCGAAGUCCCGAAGUUCAAGGCGUCGAUGGAAUAUUAGAAGCUUAUUCUAGAACUUUUGAUGCAUUGGAAUUAUAUGGACCCACAAAUUUCUCACCAAUUAUAAAUCAAACAGCUGAUAAAAUUAAACAAGAAUUGAGAUCUGGUAACAAAAGAUCUUAUUACUUAUUGCUGAUCAUCACAGAUAUGGAUUCUACUGUGAAAGCAAUAAUCAAUGCUACCUCUCUUCCUUUAUCUAUAAUAAUUGUGGGAGUUGGAAAUGCUGAUUUCGCUAAUAUGAAUGUCCUCGAUGCUGACGAUAACCCAUUGAAAGUCAUGAUGAUGAUAUAUGGUCAUGGUGUUAUACUUUCUCUGGGCCAAGGAAUAUUAUUAUGGUCAAUUUUUGGAACAAGCAAAAAAGCAGCAAUAUUUUUGCCAUGUUAUUAUGUCACUCCAGUAUCUUUAAAUUCCUAUGAUAUUCCACAAGAGCAUAUGACAGUAACUGAUAAUUUAUCAGAUAGUUCAAUGACAAUAACGACAAUAACCGACGAAGGGACAGAAACUAGUAGGAAUAGUAGGAAUUGUAUGUUAGAAAAAGAAGAUCUAGAUGGAAUGAACAAAUAA